AUGCAUCAAGGCGUAUUAACAAGAAGUGCAUUGGUGACUUAUAAGACAAAAGUGGAUAGCAGACCAGGACGGUUAGCGUCUUGCACAGAGGACAGCAAGUGUAGUACAUUGCAAACAGACCAACUUUCCUGCUCUGGUACAAGCUCCAAGCCCGUAACGCUCAAGAAUGACGUACCCAAUUCAACGGGUGUGGUUCGUCAGGACCAAGUGGACAACACUGCCCACAAAAGGUCCUUUGUUGAGCUCACCUGUUCGAAGAAAGGUAUAAAUUCCUCAGCGAACAAGCCAAGCUCAAAGACGAAGAAGAGCGGCCGUGGUAGCAGUCAACGAAAGGGUUUCAGUGCCUCUGGGGAGGAAGCGGUACCAUGCAGCACCAACUGUGAUAUGAAGAUGGCGGCCGUGGUCCAGGAAACACUAAUGUUUAUCGAAAUCAUCAAAAAAACCAUGUGGCGGCAAUCAAUGAAAAAGUAUCAACAACAGCGACAACAACAGCAAAAACAUCAUCAUUCGAACAAUUACCACCACACGAGUGACUGUUGUAAUCAUCAGCAUCAACAACAUGAUUGUCAUUAUUAUCGUUUAAAGCUUAAAUACUUAAAAUCAUUACAACCACAAAAACAGCAAAAGCAACAAUUACUAUACCAACAAUUACAACAACAAAAUCAGCAGCAGCAGAUACAACUACUUAAGCUAAGACACAUUGGCCACAAAUCCCUUAUGUAUGGUUACACUACUGCUACAACUACUGCUCCAAUUGCUACCACUACUACUGCUACGAAUUUGUCUUUAGCUUUUGGUUGCUCUCAUAAUCAUUCUCUGACCACAAGCCAACAGAACAGCAACAGAACGAAGGCCACAGCAAUAAGUGUAACAUUAGCAAUGGAGCUAUUUAAUAAAACGUUUAGCAAACAUUUGGUCUGGUUACUUAUUCUCUCUUUGCUGUCAUCAAUGGUGUUUACAAUGACACCCCUGAUAACAACCGUCACAACAACUACAACAACUAUACUACCACCUGUACUGUCUACAAAUACGGUCACAACCACCUUGUUAAUGUCUUUAAUAAACAUGACAAAUAUUAGUUCCUCUUUAACAAAUUCCACCUCUGCACUCCCGCUGCAACCACACAAUACACAGCAGCAACAUAAUCGGCAACCUUUACAUCAACAACACCAGCAGCAGCAACAUCAUCAUAAUCUGAUACACAUUGAUCAAGAUGCCAAUACGAAAUAUUUAAAUUUCGUUGCCAAUGGCCUACUGGACACAAGUGGGGUCGUUGGCGGCGGAGGUGGCGGUGGCAAUGAUGAAGCCUUUAGUAUAAGUGGUUUUGGGAGUAUGGGUGCGAGUGGCAGUGGCGGUGGUGGUGUCGGAGGUGUUGGCAGUGGUGAAAGUGUUACAAGUGCAGCGGAUGUGAGUGGCGGAAUGGAUGGCAGUGGUGGUGGCAGUAUUUCAGUUCCUAUUGAUGCCCUAAGCGAGUCACAUUUAACAUUUGUCAUCGUCAAAUGCUUCAUUAUCAUUUUCAUCAUACUCGCUGCCAUACUUGGUAACAUGCUGGUGAUUGUAUCCGUCAUGCGACACAGGAAAUUGCGCAUAAUCACCAAUUAUUUCGUGGUCUCACUGGCAGUGGCGGAUAUGUUGGUGGCUUUGUGUGCCAUGACCUUUAAUGCUUCCGUUGAAAUAUCCGGUAAAUGGAUGUUUGGUUCAAUAAUGUGUGAUAUGUGGAAUAGUUUUGAUGUAUAUUUUUCAACAGCCAGUAUUAUGCAUUUAUGCUGUAUCUCAGUGGAUAGAUAUUAUGCCAUUGUCCAGCCAUUGGAUUAUCCCUUAAUUAUGACACACAGGCGUGUAUUUAUUAUGUUGAUUAUUGUUUGGUUGGCGCCAGCUCUUCUAUCAUUUUUACCCAUAUGUUCCGGUUGGUAUACGACCGGCGAUAAUUGGAGUUACUUAAAAUCAAAUCCGCACAUCUGUGAAUUUAAAGUCAAUAAAGCAUAUGCCAUUGUCAGUUCGUCUGUAAGUUUCUGGAUACCUGGUAUUGUCAUGCUUUCAAUGUACUAUCGCAUUUAUCAAGAGGCCGACAGACAGGAACGUCUUGUUUACCGGUCGAAAGUCGCUGCUUUAUUACUGGAGAAACAUCUGCAGAUAAGUCAAAUACCUAAACCUCGUCCCAGCAUACAGGUGGAGCAGUCAACCAUAACGACGAUGCGACGGGAACGCAAAGCAGCACGCACUCUGGGCAUUAUAAUGAGUGCCUUUUUGCUAUGCUGGCUGCCCUUCUUCCUCUGGUAUAUAACAUCGUCGUUGUGCGACAGCUGUACAACACCUCGCAUCGUAGUGGGCAUAUUAUUUUGGAUUGGUUAUUUUAAUUCAGCCUUGAAUCCCAUCAUUUAUGCGUAUUUCAAUAGAGACUUUCGAGCCGCAUUUAAAAAGACUUUAAAGUCCUGUUGUCCCUACAAACUUAUAAAUUGUCGUGUAAGUGCUGGCGGCGAAAUGCCACCAUUUGUUAAUUCCACCGCUUCAUCGGAAAUACACAUGAACAUAAUACGUGCCCGCCAAUAUGCCACCUCAACAUCAUCCAAUCAAUUGCAAACAUUAUAUCAAAACUAACUGA